CAAAGUCAAUUCCCAAUCCACAAUCUAACAACCCCACUCAACCACUUCCCCACCUCCCCACGCUACCCAGCCACGAACCUCACCUUCCCGCUCCGCUACAUCCUCGACACCAGCCACUACCAACCCGGCGGCCCCGUCUUCAUAAUCGCCGGGGGCGAGACCUCCGCGCUGAACCGCCUCCCCUUCCUAUCGCAGGGGAUCGUCCACGAACUCGCGCGGAUCUACCAGGGGGUGGCCCUAAUCGUCGAACACCGGUACUACGGGACGAGUUACCCUGCCAGCACCAGCACCACCAAUACCACCACCACCUUCCAAGAUGACGACCAAACCAUCCCCCUCAGCGACCUGACCUACCUAACCACCGAACAAGCCCUCGCCGACUACGCCUACCUGGCCACCCACCUCCCCUCCUCCAUUAUCCCCCGAAUCACCGACCUCUCCCCGGCCAAGACCCCCUGGAUCGCCUACGGCGGCUCCUACGCCGGCGCCUUCGUCGCCUUCCUCCGCCACUCCUACCCGGACCUCUUCUGGGCCUCCAUCUCCAGCUCCGGCGUCACCGCCGCCAUCGAGGAUUACUGGGAGUACUACGAGCCGAUCCGCGUGCACGCGCCCAGGGAAUGCGUGGCGGCGCAGCAGGCGCUCAUCGCCUGGGUGGAUCGGGUGCUUCUCUUGCCGAAGGCGGCAGCAUCCGCCUCCUCUAACGCAAACGAGUCUUCCUCCGAAUCAAAAGACCGUGCGGACGUGCUGAAGGAGGUGUUCGGCGGGAAUGCGCCUAAUCUCACCGAUGAGAAUUUCGUGGCCGGGUUGGCGGAGCCGUUGGGGUUGUGGCAGGAACGGAAUUGGGAGCCGAGCGUUGGGGGGCGCGGGUUUGGGUGGUUUUGUGGGAAUAUCACUGCGCCUGCUGUUUUGGAUGAGGUGUUGGAGGGGGAGGUGGGGGCGAGGGUGAGGGGGUUGGUGAGGGAGGUGGUUGGCGAUGGAGAUGGGAAGGUGGAGGAGGUGGAGGAGUUGGCGACGGGGGUGGUGAAUUGGGUGGGGUUUGUACGGCGGGAGGGGGUUUUCUCUCCCCCUUCUUCCUCUGCGUCGUCUCCUUCGGACGCUGGGAAGGAAGAUGGUGGUGAAGGGGCAGGUGCAGGCGAGGACGACGACAACCGCCUCCCCCGCACGGCCUCGACCAGCUGGAACUACCAGGUCUGCACGGAAUGGGGCUACUUCAUGCCGGGCUCGACCGUGCCGGCGCACAUCGCGCCGCUCGUUUCGCGCCUCCUCACCCCCGACUUCUGGGUCGACAUGUGCAAUGCCACCUACGGCAUCACCAGCCCGCCGGACACGGACCGCAUCAAUCGGUACGGCGGCUUCGCGUUCUCGUAUCCCCGGGUCGCGCACAUCGGCGGCCUGGCCGAUCCCUGGAAGGAGGCGAGCCCCUUCGCGACGGGGCUGCCGGGGAGGGAUUCUACGGCGGAGGAGCCGAUGAUUCUCAUCAGUGUGCCGGCGGAGGAGGUCUACGAUGGGAUGGAGGGCGGGGUGCAUCACUGGGAUCAGAACGGGGUGUUUGGGGCGGAGGAGUACUGGGAGGGGAAGAGGGUGGUGCCUCCAAGGGGCGUGCGGGAAGCCCAAGGCGAGGUGAUCGGGUUCGUCGGCGGGUGGUUGGGCGAGUGGCGCGAGACCCAGCUACGG